CUAUCAAUAAUUUACACAAGGACUAGGCGCAGCGCUAUGUAUUCAUUUGUGCGUCUUCUUGUCAGGGGCCCUUCUUACACUUCAGGGGUCAUUUAAUUCUUGCUAUAAACGAAGAAAGCGAGGGGGAGAGGUCGGCACAAAGCAGGGAAGAAGGUGAGCUCUCAGAAAAUAAUAAAGCAACCUUUUCAAAAAAAAACAAAGGAGGGGAUCAUUCAAAACUCCCAAGGAGAAAGAGAGAAAAACUGGAUUCGAUCGGGAGAUAAGGAGCCAGCAGCACAUAGACACCGUGCAAGUCGGCGGUCGCUCGUCAUGUUAGAGUUGCUGUUCGGUAUGAUUUGGUUUGCGGGACUCGUGUGCGGUCAGAAUGAGACAGAGCCCAUCGUGCUGGAGGGCAAGUGCCUGGUGGUCUGUGACUCCAAUCCCACCUCGGAUCCUACGGGGACUGCGCUGGGGAUUUCUGUGCGAUCUGGCAGCGCCAAGGUGGCUUUCUCAGUGAUCAGGAGCACCAACCACGAACCCUCAGAGAUGAGCAACAGGACCAUGAUCAUAUAUUUUGACAAUAUCCUAGUGAAUGUCGGCUCUAAUUUUGACUCGGAGAGAAGCACCUUCAUAGCGCCAAGGAAAGGAAUUUACAGUUUUAACUUUCACGUGGUAAAAGUGUAUAAUCGACAAACGAUCCAGGUGAGCCUGAUGCUGAAUGGCUGGCCAUUGAUCUCAGCCUUCGCAGGAGAUCAGGAUGUGACAAGAGAGGCUGCCAGCAAUGGCGUGUUGACUCAGAUGGAAAAGGGGGACCGAGCCUACCUGAAACUGGAACGAGGGAACCUAAUGGGAGGGUGGAAAUACUCAACUUUCUCCGGAUUCCUGGUGUUUCCGCUUUAAGUGAAAAACAAUGUUGUUUAUCCUGAACCCUAUACUGUCACAAGAGGGUUGAUAACUUUUUGUUUUCCUAACAGCGCAAGUGCGUCCCGGAGCUAGACAGAAAACUUAUAAUAAAGGGACAGUAUCCCAUUUGGUAGCCUGCAUUUAUAAUCAUUAAUUAAGUGUAACUUCAAUCUUGACACUCAUUCAUGAUAUAUCAUAGGUUUAGUAAAAGAACGAGAUCGACCGCCACUUUUUUUUAAAUCAGUGUGUGAAAAAUUAACACUGCAGCAUAAAAAAGGUUAAAUUGUGUUUUUUUUAAAUGGAAGAAAAAUACAAUUCUGCAAAUGUUAAUUUUCACUGUUUUAGAAUUACAGUUCGUACAGGCUGCGAAACCGGGAAUACUGUCCGAAGGGUUUGUCGGGGACAGUUCUGUUAGGUCUGGUUGCCAAAACGAUACUGCCCCUUCAAAAGUGUAAGAAGCAGAAGACAUGCUUACCUAUGCCUGUAUAUGUCUGCUAUGCGGAAUUUUAGAGAUGGUUGCAGCCCCAAAUGCAGCAUAUAUUACGUUUCUUUAUUCGCCUUUGUAUUUCUAUACCCUAUAGAUACAGUAUUGUCAAUUCCGUGACAGAAGGUUAACAAUCUAUAUAACCAAGCAUAAGCCUUCAAAAAAACGGAAUUAUGGUAAUUUUGACCUAGCCAAACGAGGACAGUUAGUUGUGUUUCAGUAUUUCAGUGUAUUCUGGGUUUAUUCUGUGGAGGCUGCUAAGCGUUCUGAUGCAUAUCUGUCGUUUUUGUUCCAGUAUAAUGUGGCCAUAUUGAACGGCAGAAAUAUUAUGAAAAGUUUAUCACUGUAAUAUAUGUGUGAAUAUUUAUAAAAUUGAAUUUUGCUUUAUUUCAAUAAAUUUUAAAUGUAACUUU